CUCCUGUAAGCCCAGUCCACAAGAUCUGCCGUAGACCACUUCACCGAAGCAGAGCAACCACAGUGCUCGAGGCAGAGUACCAUCCACACCCAGCCAUGAUGAUGAUGAGCGAGGGCGUGAGCGUGCCGCCGUGGGGCAGCCUCCCGGUGAGCGGCGUCGACGCCGGCACCGGCGACGAGAUGACCCCCUACCUCCUCGCCGCGCUGCGCCAGUACCUGCCCCGCAACGACCUCCUCCCCCUCGACCCCACCUCCGACGACGACGACGAGGCUGCCGCCAUGGCCGCCGCCGCCGACGCGUACGCGUGCGACGAGUUCCGCAUGUACGACUUCAAGGUGCGCCGCUGCGCGCGCGGGCGGAGCCACGACUGGACCGAGUGCCCCUUCGCGCACCCGGGCGAGAAGGCGCGCCGCCGCGACCCGCGCAAGUUCCACUACUCCGGCGCCGCCUGCCCCGACUUCCGCAAGGGCGGCUGCAAGCGCGGCGACGGCUGCGACUACGCGCACGGCGUCUUCGAGUGCUGGCUCCACCCCGCGCGCUACCGCACGCAGCCAUGCAAGGACGGCACCGCAUGCCGCCGCCGCGUCUGCUUCUUCGCGCACACCCCCGACCAGCUCCGCUCCGUCCCCGCCAGCCCCCGCAACUCCACGCCGCUGUCCCCCCUCGCAGAGUCAUACGACGGCUCCCCGCUCCGCCGCCACGCGUUCGAGACCUACCUCACCGGCAAGACCAUGUCCUCCUCCCCCACCAGCACGCUCCUCUCCUCCCCGCCCAAGUCGCCGCCGUCCGAGUCCCCGCCAAUGUCGCCCGACGCGCUCCGCCGCGGCGCAUGGCCCGGAGUCGGCUCCCCCGGCGUCAACGACGUCAUGGCCUCCCUCCGCCAGCUGCGCCUCUCCAAGGCGCAGUCCUCCCCGUCAGGCGGCUGGACCAACAGCUACCACCUCUCCCCCGCCGCAGCUGCCUACGGCUCCCCCAAGGGCGGCGGCGGUGGAGGGCUCUACAGCCUCCCCACCACCCCCAUGGCCGCUCCCAACACCGCCGCCGGCUUCAUGGCCAACCUGGAGCCGCUCAACCUCCGCUUCAUGGACGACGACGAGCCGGUGCAGAGGGUCGAGUCCGGGAGGGCGCUGCGCGAGAAGGUCUUCGAGCGCCUCUCCAGGGACGGCGCCGCGUCCGGCAGCACCUGCUACGGCGCAGGAGGCCCCGACGUCGGCUGGGUCUCCGACCUCAUCAACUGACCGCCGAACAAGACGCACGGUGAGGAACGGCGACGACAGGCUCAACAAGACGGUCCCAACCAAAAAAAAAAUCCUCGAAAUUUCUUUUGCUAUUUCCAGUUACUACUGCAAAUUCCUGUACAUACAUCUAUCUCCCCUGUGAAUAUUCUCGGCUGGCCGGGCGAAGGGAGGCAAGACGGGCGGAUUCGUUUUGGGGUUCUUGAGUUGGUAGGAAUUUUACCCAAAAAAAGAUUGUUGCCAGAAGAAGGAAGGGUAGAAGCUCCAUAGAUUUGGAACCUGUCAUUCCUCCAUCCCUGGAAGAAGAAGCUGGUGGUGACAAGUGAAGCUGAGGUUGCUGGAAGGAAGGAAGGUGGACUUGAUUCCUGUGAUUAGUGGAGCUGAUGUUGCUUAUCGUCUCCCUUAGUUGAUUUUCACAUUUUGCUAUUGUAAUCCUUCUCAAGAGGAUGAUCCCCCCACAGCUUAUUUUGUACUUACGUAUUUAGCUGCUGCUGCUUAGCGGCGGCGGCUUUUAAUCUCUCUAUUGGUUCAUCCAAUGGCGAUGAACUCAAGUCCCCAACGUAUUUGUAAUCUGUUGAUGUUUAUUACCAGUAAUAAUAUAUAUGUUCAGUU